AUGGCAACCAAAAGCAAUUGGGAAGUGGUGAAAGACCGCAUGACGUUGAGCCCCGUCUACGACCCCGAAGCCACGAUGAAGGCGAACCUGGAGAACGCAGAACCAGAACUCUGCAUCCGCCUGCUGCAGGUCCCCACCAUGCUGAACUACUCUGGUCUGUGUCGGCGGCUGGAGAGCAGCGACCGCUCCUGGAUGGAGCAGUUCCUGGAGCAGCGGGGUCUGGACCUGCUGAUGGAGGCUCUGCAGAGGCUCUCAGGGAGGGAGGGGCGGAGGGAUGGGGGGGGCUGUUCCCGUCUCUUGGGGGGGGAGGGGGGUGGCUCUUCCCGCCUCCCUGAUGCCCUCCUGCAGCUCACCUGUGUCUGCUGCAUCAGAGCCGUCAUGAACUCUUCAGCUGGACUGUUCUUCAUCCUGAACAACCAGGACCACGUCAGGACCCUCACACAGGCUGUGGACACCUCUAACAUCAUGGUGAAGAUGCAGGUGUUUGAGCUGCUCGCUGCUCUCUCUCUGUUCCACGCUCAGGGGCGCCACCUAGCGCUGGACGCCCUCAACUACUACAAGAGUGUGAAGAAGCAGCAGUACAGGUUCAGCGUGGUGAUGAAUGAGCUUCAGGGAACAGACAACGUUCCCUACAUGGUGACGCUGAUGAGUGUGAUCAACGUGCUCGUGUUGGGAGAGGAAGACCUGAGGAAGAGGAGCCGUCUGCGGCAGGAGUUCAUCGGUCUGCAGCUGCUGGACCUGCUGCCCCGCCUCAAGGCGACGGAGGACGAGCACCUGAACAUCCAGUGCUAUGCGUUCGAGGAUUCGCUGACGGAGGACGAGGAGGAGAUGGAGCGACUGUACGGAGGCAUCGACAUGAGCAGCCACCAGCAGGUCUUCACCUCGCUGUUCACCAAGGUAUCCAGCAGUCCAAUCUCCGCCCAGCUGCUGUCCAUCCUGCAGGCCUUGCUGAUGGUGGAUGUGGAUCGGGUGGAGGUGUGGUUGGCGCUGGAGCAGUUGGCUGACAGAGUGUGUCUGCUGGCUCAGGAUGGUGACGUAGAUUCUGCCGACCGCCUGCUGGAGAGGCUCCUCCCCCCCAGGUCCAUCUCAGCCAAUCAGAGGAUCCGAACCAUCGACAGGGCGGUGCAGACUCGUCUACCUGACAGCCCUGUCGGCCAAUCAGAGGCGCUUAUUAAAGACGACUUGAAAAAUUCUGCGUCUCAAGCUCCCCCCCCCCCUCCCCCUCCCCCUCCCCCUCCUCCUCUACCUGGUAUUGUAGCCCCCCCUCCCCCUCCUCCUCUACCUGGUAUGGGAGCCCCACCUCCCCCUCCUCCCCCCCCUCCUCUACCUGGUAUGGGAGCCCCUCCCCCUCCUCCUCCUCUACCUGGUAUGGGAGCCCCACCUCCCCCUCCUCCCCCCCCUCCUCUACCUGGUAUGGGAGCCCCUCCCCCUCCUCCUCCUCUACCUGGUUUGGGAGCCCCUCCCCCUCCUCCUCCUCUACCUGGGAUAGGAGUCCCUCCCCCCCCUCCCCCUCCUCUACUUGGUAUGGGAGCCCCCCCUCUAAGUGACAUCAUCGUGGCUCAGACGGUGCAGGGUCUGGGCAUCCCCGCCCCCGCUGUGAGCCCCACCCGCUGCCCCACCCUCCGCAUGAAGAAGCUGAACUGGCAGAAGCUGCCGUUCAGAGCGGUGACAGCUCAGCGCUCUCUGUGGACAUCAGCGUCCUCAGACUCGGUGGAACCAGACUACUCCAGGAUCGAGCAGCUCUUCAGUCUCCCUCAAACUGAGACCAAGACCAGAACCAGGACCGAGCCCAAAGAGGUCUCCUUCAUCGACACCAAGAAAAGCCUCAACCUCAACAUCUUCCUCAAGCAGUUCAAAUGUUCCCAUGAGGACUUUGUGUCUCUGAUCCGGAGUGGAGACAGAUCCAAGUUUGAUGUGGAGGUCCUGAAACAGCUGAUCCACCUGCUGCCUGAGAAGCAUGAGGUAGAGAACCUGAAGUCCCACCAAGCAGAAAGGGACAAGUUGGCGUCAGUGGAUCGGUUCUACCUGCUACUGCUGGACGUCCCCAGUUACUCUCUGAGGAUCGAGUGCAUGCUGCAGUGUGAGGAGAGCAGCAGUUUGUUUGAGACUCUGAAACCUAAAGCUGAGCUGCUGGACCGGGCCUGCCAGAGUGUGAGGGAGAGCACUCGGCUGCCGAGCUUCUGUAAACUCAUCCUGGAUGUUGGAAACUUUCUCAACUAUGGCUCCCACACAGGGAACGCUGAGGGGUUUAAGAUCAGCACUCUGCUCAAACUGACAGAAACCAAAGCAAACCAGUCCAGAGUCACCCUGCUGCACCACAUACUGGAGGAAGUGGAGCAGAACCAUCCUGACCUUCUGAACCUGCCUGAUGACCUGGAGAUCUGUGAGAGAGCUGCUGGGGUGAACUCAGAGUCUAUCCAGUGUGAACUUUCCACUCUGAACAAACAGCUGAAGAACUCUGAGAGGAAACUUUCAUCUGCAGCCGCUGACGUGCAGCAGCAGUACCUGUCCUCCAUCCAGGGCAGCCUGGCGGCGUGCGAGCGGCUGCAGCAGCUGCUGAUGUUGGUGGAGGAGCGGAGGACGGAGCUGUGUGUGUAUCUGUGUGAAGACAGCAGCCGCUUCUCUCUCUCUGAACUCUUCAUCACCAUCAAGACCUUCAGAGGACUCUUCCUCCGAGCUCUGAAGGAGAACGAGAGCAGGAGGAAACGGGAGGAGGAGAGCAGGAGGAAGCAGGAGGAGAAACGACGGCGAGGAGACAUCAAGACCGGUGAGUCUAACUCUGUCAUCAGGAAGGCCGUCUCCUCCCAGGACGACGGUUGCAUCAUCGACAACCUGCUGGCUGAGAUCAGGAAAGGCUACAACCUGAAGAAGACCCGGACCCGGUCUCAGAAAGGCCGCCUGCCCCCUGCUGGCAGGACGGGGGACGGCACGCAUCACGAUCAUCACGUCAAGAUCGAACGGUCGCUGGCUUUUGACCAACCGGACCCGGACCAGUCCCCUAAAGACCAGGACCAGGACCAGUCCCCUAAAGACCAGGACCAGUCCCCUAAAGACCAGGACCAGGACCAGUCCCCUAAAGACCAGGACCAGGACCAGACCCCUAAAGAUCAGGACCAGUCCCCUAAAGACCAGGACCAAACCCCUAAAGAUCAGGACCAGGACAAGGACCAGACCCCUAAAGACCAGGACCAGGACCAGUCCCCUAAAGACCAGGACCAGACCCCUACAGACCAGGACCAGUCCCCUAAAGACCAGGACCAGUCCCCUAAAGACCAGAACCAGGACCAGUCCCCUAAAGACCAGGACCAGUCCCCUAAAGAUCAGGACCAGACCCCUAAAGACCAGGACCAGGACCAGGACCAGUCCCCUAAAGACCAGACCCAGACCCCUAAAGACCAGGACCAGGACCAGACCCCUAAAGACCAGGACCAGGACCAGACCCCUAAAGACCAGGACCAGACCCCUAAAGACCAGGACCAGGACCAGACCCCUAAAGACCAGGACCAGAUCGCUAAAGACCAGGACCAGGACCAGACCCCUAAAGACCAGGACCAGGACCAGACCCCUAAAGACCAGGACCAGACCCCUAAAGGCCAGGACCAGUCCCCUAAAGAUCAGGACCAGACCCCUAAAGGCCAGGACCAGGACCAGACCCCUAAAGACCAGGACCAGACCCCUAAAGACCAGGACCAGACCCCUAAAGGCCAGGACCAGGACCAGACCCCUAAAGACCAAGACCAGACCCCUAAAGACCAGGACCAGACCCCUAAAGACCAGGACCAGGACCCAGGCUCCUUUGAGGAGAUCACAUCGUUAGAAGUGAGGGAAGGUCUGGGUCCAGGUCCGGGUCCUGGUCCGGGUCCUGGUCCUGGUCCUGGUCCUGGUCCUGGAUCACCAGGUACCAGCUGCUGUUUCACACCUUGA